GAUAAGAAAAGGUUACAAAAAAUCAAACAAGUUCACAUUUGCACAUCACACAGCAGUCAGCACAGUGCCGCCGCCGUAGUGGGAAGCCAUCGUCGACUCGGCGAAAAGUCCUACAAGAUUUGGGAAAUGGCUGCUGCACGAGGGUUGGUACUGACACGUCCUGUUACUUUUGUGACGGGCAAUGCCAAAAAGCUUGAAGAAGUUCGUGCCAUCUUGGGCAAUUCUAUUCCUUUUCAGUCCCUCAAACUUGACUUGCCAGAGUUACAAGGAGAGCCUGAAGAUAUAUCCAAAGAGAAGGCUCGGAUGGCUGCUGUUCAGGUGAAUGGACCUGUGUUGGUUGAAGACACUUGCCUCUGUUUCAAUGCCUUGAAGGGUCUUCCAGGGCCUUACAUCAAAUGGUUUCUGCAGAAGCUUGGUCAUGAAGGUCUCAACAAUUUGCUGAUGGCAUAUGAUGAUAAAUCAGCUUAUGCCUUAUGUGUAUUUUCGUUUGCAGCUGGUUCAAACAGUGAACCUAUCACAUUUUCUGGAAAAACUCCGGGGAAGAUUGUUCCUCCAAGAGGGCCUAAUGAUUUUGGAUGGGAUCCUAUUUUUGAACCUGAUGGCUAUGACCAAACGUAUGCACAGAUGCCCAAAGAAGAAAAGAACAAAAUUUCCCACCGCUCCAAAUCUCUUGCAUUGGUAAAAUCUCAUUUUGCUGAAGCUGGAUAUACUUUUGACAUCAAGAACGUCUGAAAGCUGAAUGUGGUAAAUUAUAGGCAACAUGCUCUUUAUUAAAUUUCCCUUGAAAUUGAAGGGAAAUUGUUUCUAGCAGUAGCAAUGUGGGAAUUAUUUUGAACUUAAAUGUUGCUUUUGUUUACAACUUAUCCAGCAAGAGAGAAUAAAAAACCAAAAUUAGAAAAAUAUACCAAAAAAGGGCGUAGACUACAGUGGUUAAGUAUGUGAAUUUGUGUAUGAUGUACAAUUUUUUUUAACCAUUAGAUAAGAUUUAUUCACAAAUCUCUAUGGUACGUCUUUUGCACCAUAUACCUUCUCAUCCCUAUCUUUUUCCCUAACCCUCUCCCAUGGUCUUCUCUCCCCUUCCUUCUGAUCCCCUGGUCCUCGUCCCUCUCCCUAUGCCACCAUUCCAACGAAUUAGAUUGGGAGGGUCUCCACGUAAGGGGAAAGGCGGCAAACAAGAAUGUGUUUGCAGUGGUUCGCACGGAGUCGGUAGCAAGUCACACGACAGCGACAAUGGGUUCCAUUCUUGGAACCAAAAGUUCUCUAUGAAGUUGGGGCAGCACACGAGGUGUGUGACGAUUGAGGUGAAGUGCAAGUCGGGAGUGGGAGUCGUGAGAGAUGUUGGCGUGGUGAGAAUUGCAGUUUCGAAUCUUCUUGGAGGGUUGGUGAUCAUUGCUUGCAGUUUGUGUUACAGAUUAAGGAAUUAGGAUGGCAGAGGAAACGAGAUUGUGAAUUUCUGUCAGGGUCAGUGGCAGACUUACAUUGGACUGAGUUGCACUCUCUCAUUUUUUAAAAUUUACUAAAUUUGUAAAUAAAAUCUUAUAUUUUUAUA